CUCUCGUAAAAAAUAUUACAAAAGGCCUUUACAAUACAGUCAUUCUGAAACACUAUUAACACAUUCUACUAUACCUUUACACAUACACAUAUACGCACACAUGGAAUCGUUUAUGUGUGCAAACCGGACGGGGCGUCUCGUAGCGAAACGGCCACCGGAUUCUUAAACCACAGUAUUUUGUCGUCGAGGGACGGGAAUUCAUAUAAGAAAGAACUCUGGAUUUUUGAUGGGAAGAACGACGAGUGGGGUGUAUUCGGAGUAUCGAACGCGACGCGAGGAUGAUGCUGAGAUGUCGAUGCAUCGUAACGUGUCUCGCUGAUUCAUCUAGAGAUCUCCACGACUGUGCAAACGGACUUCGGAACAAGUAUCUUGGCAGACGAUGUAGCGUUUUACUGCGGAAAACAUCGGCAUAGACCCAAGAUAAACGUGUGUGUGUGUGUGUGUGUGUGUGUGUGUGUGUGUGUGUGUGUGUGUUUGUGUACAUGCGAGUGCAUUCGUUAUAUCGUUUUUCGGAGAACUGCAAACUCCGGAGCAAUUUCAUUGCCAUUUAUCGUGCCAUAUAUUCUCUCGUCGUUCAUUAUUUACCAGCAACAGUGCUCUCUGAUGUGACCAGUCUCUCACAUGUCAGUUGGAAUUGAUAUAAUCCUUCUUAUACUAACUGUACACACAUAAACAUAAAUAAACUGAAUAAACAUGAGAAUCACAGCGUGUCAUUUUCGCCGCUGCAUAAUAGCAGGAUUAUCUGUUGCCCUUUUGUUUUGUGUCGUUCAAGUAAUUCGAAUAGAACUAGGAUUUAAUGAACCUGAUAUGUCAAAUCUAAACAAAUUAAUAUACAUAUCACAAUUAAUCAAAGAAUCAGAACAGUCUUAUGUGAGAGAAGGUGUUGCGUGCAAAUUACCUCAGUUAAAUAUCUCUAGUCCAGAAAUAAUGAAGUUCAUACAUGAUGUACCACCCUUAUCUUGUGGACCAGAAGAUUGGGUUAUAGUGGAAGGUUCAAGACUUGUUAUCACCAAUAAAGCAAAGACGAAAUAUGGACAAAUAAUAUGCAUCUUUAGUGAAAUUAUCAGAACAGAUGACUACAAUACAAAAUUAUUAGACGGUAUUGAGGCUGACGAUUUUUACAUUUUGAGAGAGAACGAUUUCGCAGACGUUAGAUGCAAGUCGAAAAGUGGAGACGUGUGGCACAGUAUACUCGCUGGCGUAAAACAUGAUCCGUAUAUUAAACAACAGCACAAUUGGGACAACGUGCCGAACACAGGUCUCAAAUUAAAUGUGCUCAUGUUUGGUUUCGACUCGCUGUCGCGAAACACGUUUAUUCGCAAAUUGCCUAAGAGUUAUUAUUUCAUAAAACAACAACUAAAUGCUCUGGUACUAGAGGGAUACAACAUCGUGGGUGAUGGCACACCGCAAGCGCUUAUCCCGAUUUUAACUGGCAAGAUUGAACUCGAAUUACCGGAAACGCGGAAACGAAUUCAGAAAGCGAAUUACGUUAACGUGUAUCCUAUGAUAUGGAAUAAAUACGAAGAGCAUGGAUAUAUAACAGGUUUUAUGGAAGAUGUCCCACAUAUCGGGACGUUUACUUAUCGCUUGAAAGGAUUUGAUAAGCAACCGACCCAUCACUACAUGCGCACUUAUUAUCUUGCCGCUUUUUCAUACUUCAACACUUAUAAUAAAUUUUGCAUAGCUGGAACUCCACGUCACAUGGUGAUGAUGAAUUACAUAAAAACGAUAUUUAAUACGUACAAAAAACAGCCAAAAUUUGUAUUUGGCUUUCAUGGAGAACUUUCUCACGACUCUUAUAAUGAUAUCGGAGUAGUGGACGACGACCUGUAUUCCUGGGUGAAAGAUCUUUACGAUUUUGGACACUUAAACAACACCAUUUUAAUUCUGAUGAGCGAUCACGGACACAGAUUUGCAGAUAUCCGUAACACUUUACAAGGCAAGCAGGAGGAAAGAUUGCCAUUUUUUUCCUUUAUAUUUCCGCCUUGGUUUAAGCAAGUCCACCCACAAGCGUACGCAAACUUUGUGUACAACACACAAUAUUUAACCUCACCGUUUGAUAUACAUAAGACGUUGGAAAAUAUUCUUAACUUUGACACUCCAAAAGAUGGAGAUCGUCAUCAAAGGGCCAUUAGCUUGUUUGAUAAGAUUCCUCUAGAUAGAACAUGCGCGGAUGCGUUCAUAGAGCCUCAUUGGUGUGCUUGUCUCGGUUGGAAAGAAGUCUCAAUUGACGACACAAAUGUUGUGGCUGCUGCCAAUUACUUUGUUCAAUUUCUUAAUGGUUACACCGAAGAUCAUCAUAACAUAUGCGCGAUUUUACAUUUGGAUGAGAUUUUAUGGGCUGCUAAACUCAUACCUACUAAAGGCUUGCUUAAUUUCCAAAAAUCUGGAGAUCAGGACGGUUUUAUAGGUGAUUUCAGUGCCAAAACCAAAGUGACGGCUGACAUUUAUCAAUUAAAAGUGAGAACGGUGCCGGGUGAUGCGUUAUUCGAAGUUAGCAUCACUCAGGAUCUUACGAAGAAUACUUUCUAUACGAAGAUCUCCGAUGUUAGCAGAAUAAAUAUGUAUGGAUCUCAGGCAAGAUGUGUGGAAAAUUCGCUGUUUCAUUUACGCAAAUAUUGUUAUUGCAAGGGAUAAGUGAUACUAAAAAUAUGAUAGCUUUCAUAUUGUAUAUAUAAGCAUGCAUCAAGACAUCAAAGGAAGUUUUGAUCUUAGCGUGAGGAAUGUUGUUUAACUUUAAACAAAAGUGCUGUGAUUCAUAUUAUUUUUAUUUCUUACACAUACUAGACUGGUUUAUUUUUAAUUAAAAUUAUUAAUUAUUUACUGCCGAAGAUAAUUUUUAAUUAGAAAUAUCAAUAGUACAUAUCAUUCCUAAGAAAAUUCUCAUAUUUAUUACAGACGACAACGAUACAAUCUAUGAUAAACACAUAAAAUAUUUUUAUAUGUUUGAAAGAUUCAUUGAUUAUUUUUGCUUUAUAAUAUCGUUAUUAUAAUAUCAUUCGAGACUAUUAUCCAUAAUGACAAUGUAUAUAUACACAGAGCGUCUUCGGAUUUUUCAAACUUUAACUUAACGAUAUGUUUUAUGAAUUGAAAUAAGAAAAAAAA